AUGAGCUGCAGCAUGUGCUCGACGGAAGCCGUCAUGGGCUCCAGCAACUGCUCUUGCUGCGGCAAGCACUUCACUGCUGCGGACAAGGCUGCUGAGGCCUCCGCCAGGCUCGGCCACUGGGCCAAUGACCGCAGUGAGCCUCGCACCGUUGUCCUCGGUGCUGAGGGCUUCCAGGGCUGGUCGUACUGGAAGCCACCUGUGCCUGGCCAGGGCAAUGGAAGCAGCACCGAUGGCGGGGCGGGAGCUGGAGCUGGUUGCUCUGGAGGACGCGCAGCCCAGAAGUGA